UUAUGUGGGUACGGGAAAUUCAUUCUUUGGGCUGCAACUUGCAAUUGAAAGAAGGAAGAUUUGUUUUCUUGAGAUUGUUUGUUCUGAGCUUCUCCAAUUCAGGGUGUGUUGAUUGAAUUUGAUGGUGUCUUAAGGUUGUCAGUUGAAGCACAAGUGUAAGAUUAAAAUAGGUUGGGAUAGGAUUCUAUUCGGGCCAGGUGAUUUUUAUAAAAAAUCCGGGUGUGUGUUAGUUUUGGGGGACAGCAAAAAAGAUGGAAUGGUAGCAGGAUUGGUGUGUUGAGUAGCCUACCUAGACAAAAAAGUGACAAUUUUCAAGUCUGGGCAGCAGCAAAUGUAAUUUGUUCUCUGUUUAUGGUUGCAAGAUUUGAAUGUCUUGGCACCUGAAUGCAUGCACUGCUGUUGGGAGAUUGCACAGGCUACGUGAGUGACAUGCAACAGGGUGGGGAAGGAAUCUGGUUGUGAGGGCCGAAUUUUAGUUAUGUUCUGAUUUUGCUGCAGUGUGGUGCAGUUGUUAUUCAGAGGGUGGAUGAAAUGUUUUGAGGGGGCUAUUUAAGGUCUGAUUGAAGGGAAUUUGGUCCUUCUUUUGUGGGUUGGGAAUAGAUGGUAUUGGGCAUUGUAUAUAAGCUUCGGUUGCCAGAUUUCUUCAUAGGGACCGUGAAAAGGUUUGCGGGAUUUGGUCUAUGAAGGUUGGUUUCUUAGAUAGAGUUUUCACUGUCACAUGGGUUGUGUCAAUGGGUUUUUGUAGUAUUGGGGAUUUGGAGUUGAUUUGGUCCUUAAGUACAUCAGAUUGGAGAGUAUUCCGUAAUGGGUUUUAGUGGUAGAGAUUUGAAUUGGAGAAGUUGUUGGUGUCUAAAUUGGUCAUGAUGAAUCAAAUUUGGGGUUUGAAGUGGCCAUUAAAGAGCAAGCUGAUAAGCUUUUAGAUGUGGUUUUGGUAGUUUUUGAAGGGGGUAUAAGCUUUUGUUGAGAUCGGAGUUUUCCUGAAUUAAACAUUCAGGUGUGGUUGUGUUUGUUUAUGAGGGGAUUCGUGUCAAAAUGAUGAUGAACUCGGCAUUGUAGAGCAACACUGAAGAUCUUUUAGGUGUGGUCUUCUUGAGUUCUUAGGGGUUCCUAGGCUUUUUGUUUGUGUGGAUUAGAGUAUUUGUAAAUUCAAUGGGUUCUCCGGGGAACUCUAGAGUAUUAGGGGGAGGAACUGUUAAUUCUCUGGUUCCAGGAGGAACAAAGAUGGGGAGUUUUUCACUGGCAAGGCAGACUUCUAUCUAUUCCUUGACCUUGGAAGAGUUUAAAAACACUCUGGGUGAGCCAGGAAAAAAUUUUGGAUCCAUGAAUAUGGAUGAGUUUCUCAAGAACAUAUGGACUGCAGAGGAGAGCCAGGUAAUGGCUGCAGCCAUGGGUGCAGCAGCAGCAGAUGGAACUGUAGGAGGGAACCUUAGAAGGGAGGCUAGCUUACAGAGGCAGGGUUCGUUGACGCUUCCUAGAACACUAAGUAGGAAAACUGUUGAUGAAGUAUGGAGGGACAUAUAUAAAGAGAACAGUACUAAUGCAGAUGUUAAUGGAAACGGAUGUGAAACUACACAGAGACAGGCAACAUUUCAUGAAAUGACACUGGAAGACUUCUUAGUCAAAGCUGGAGUUGUAAGAGAGGAUACAGAACCGUAUGGAGGAAGAUUUGACAACGAUGAAUUUGGUGGUUUUGGUGGACAUUCAAUGGAGAGAAACGAGGAGAGCUUGGGUGGUAUUAGCAAUUCCCUUGCUUUAGGGUUUCCUGAUAGAGGCGGAACAGUUAAUGGGGAAUUAAGGAGUAAUAAUGGUGUAAUGGCUGGUACACUUACCCUGUCCCCUACAAGCAAUGCUUUAUCAAAUCAAGCUGCACUUGACGCAAUGAAUAUGGAGGCCUUGAAAUCCGCCCACCAGCAACAAACAGAUUGGCUCAACAAUCAAUACAGAACUGCCAUUGCUCAACAGCAGCAACAUCAACAUCAUCAACAUCAUCACCAACUUUUACAGCAGCAGCAGGAGGUUGCAGAUGCUGCUGCAGCAGCAGUUUAUGCAUCUUCUGUAAAGAGACAGGGUAAUGGGGUUUUGAUGGGACAGGGCCUUGGAGGAGCACUUGCUCUUUCUCCCACUGGGAUGGGGAACGGCCUUCAAGGAGGGUUGGGAGUAGGCCUGGCAGGCCUUGGAGCUACUGCACUUGCCAUUGGAGCAGGGUCUCCUGCCAACCAACUUUCCUCUGAUGGUGUCGGUACAAGUCACGGGGAUAACUCGACAGUAUCGCCCAUGGGGUACGUAAUGGAUUCAGGUCUAAGAGGUAGGAAAAGAGGCGGACCUGUCGAGAAAGUAAUUGAAAGACGACAGAGACGGAUGAUCAAGAAUAGAGAGUCAGCUGCAAGAUCUAGAGCUCGUAAACAGGCAUAUACUGUAGAGUUGGAAGCUGAAGUAACACAACUCAAAGAAGAGAACAGGGAAUUGCGGAAAAAACAGGAGGAAAUAUCAGAGAAAUGUAAAAAACAGAUUACGGAGAUGAUGGCUUCCAUGAGUGGGCGAUUGCCAUCUCAAAAGGAAACAUCGAGAAGGACACAGUCAGGACCGUGGUAGAAAGGCUGCAAGAAUACAAGAAAUGAAGCAUGAGGAAGCGGAUCACCUUUCUUUAGGGCAUUGACAGUCACAUUUGUGAGAGAACUCUGAAACCGUAUCAUUAUGUUAUGGACUGUAUUUGUAUAAGGACUGAACUGAUGAUUAAAACUAUUUCUUCUUCUGUACAUUUAUUCAACCAUGCCUUCUAGCAUUGCUGAUUGCAACUGAAAAAGGAAGUCAUGGUGAAUAUGAAGCUGACAAUUUUUCUACCCAAGUUCACUCUGAAGAAUCAUGUGGACAAUUAACAAUCAUACCCAUAUCAAGACAUGACAGAAGAAGUUUUGUAUCACUGAGCACUUCCAGCAUUUUGCAUAUUGCAUCUAUGCAAAAAAAAAGAGAAGUGCCAAGCAGUAGUUCAGUGUAAAUUUCAGUCUCCUCCUUCUCCCAUAUCAUCAAAUGUUUUUAUAUUGUCUUCAACCAAAGUCAAAAGUUUUUGCCCAAGUAUUAGGCUUCAAUCCUAUUCAUGUUUGGUACUUCUAUUCUAUUCAAAGUAUGUAACAUAAGAAAGGGCUUUGAAGGACAUUUCAAUGUAUCAUGGAGCGUGUUCCAAAAUGUUGAGAAGAAAAUAAGUUUACAUAAUCUAAUCCAGAAAUUUUGCAUUCAA